UUUAUUUGUAUUGGGGUUAAGGCUUCGUCUACCUGGUCAUUAGCCUGUGGUACUGUAGGGGAGGGUACUGUAGAUUUGUUUACACGUGUGUGUUUGUUUUUGGCAGAAUUUUUAAUUUGGGCACCCGUAGGUAUCUGCCAUGGCCCGCGGGUGGGGGAUGGCGGCACUUGUUCUCCGGACACCGUGACUUGCCUGAAGAAAAAUGCCGCCCGUGUUAAAAUAAUUGUCCAAGUAUGAAUAAAUAAUAGAUCCAAAUAUAUUGCAAAUGUUUUUAUUUUUUAAGGAUUAUUAUCCUUAGUAUAAAUAUUUUGAUGACUAAGAAAUUACCUACAUCAACAUUUUCAAAAAAAAAAAAUCAUUCACUAAAUAGUAUAAUCAUUGCUUGAAAAACAGAAGAUUGUAUCACCUCACGAUGACACUCAUAUGGUAGUAGAAAAAAAUAAUGAAAAAAUGGUGGAGCAUGCUUGGUGAAUGGUGAAUAAGAGAAUCACUCUGUAUAUUAGGUAUGCAUUGCCAGGACCAUAUUAAGCAAACAUAUUUGAAAAAACAUAAAAGUCUGUUUUCUAGUACCUAUUUGAACGGAUGAGUACAGCUAUGUAGCUCAGUAUUAUAUACCUGUUAACCGUUAUAACUUGCUUAUAAGUAUUGCCGUUUUGGUUUGUGGCGAUAGGGUUGACGAGAAGAUGAAAAAAUACUAAUAUUUAGUAAAUUAUAAAACUGUUCGGGUGGCGUUCGUAUUUUCGAUGGACUUAAUGCAAUACUGUGCAGGUAAACUAAUUAAUAACUCGUCAAUAUAGAAAAAUAUUCAUCGAGCUUAACCGCGUUUAUAGAUUAAACACCAGAUCCCUACAGGGCAAUGGCACCACUUCAUAUACCGAAAAAAAAACCAAUGUAUGUACCUCCACAAGGUGUCCGCUGUCAAAAGUGCCUGGAAUUCGGUCAUUGGACUUUCGAGUGUAAAGGAAAGAGAAAAUUUGCAGACCGUCCGACUCGCACGACAUUGCUCAAGAGGAAUUUGAACAAGGACAGGCCCGCAAGUAUGAUCUUAUCCAAGCCCGCAAAAGAGGAGAAAUCGAAGAAAAAAGUGAAAGACGCGAAACGGAAAAAGAAAAAUGUAAACUCUUCAGACUCAGAAAGCGACAGUGACGGUUCUUCCAGCAGCGACAGCAGUGGCAGCAACAGCAAAAGCAGUAGUAGCAGCAGCAGCAGCAGCAGCAGCGACGAUAGUGUCAGUGGCAGCAGUAGCAGCAGCAGCAGCAGCAGCAGUAGUAGCAGUGGAGGUAGAAGUAGCAGCGGCGGUAGUAGUAGCAGCAGCAACAACAGCAAGAAGAAAAGCAAAUCUGGAAAGAAAAAAUAAACUUUAAACUUGCCAAUACUACCUUUACAAUGUGAUGUAUGCAUAAUGUGUGGUAUGUACACACCACCGUUUACUAUAUAUGCAUAUAAUAUGUUUUUAUACUAUAUGACGUUUUGUACUUGUGAUCACAAUAAAAAAUUAAAUGACUUUUUCAAAACGAAA